AUGGAACGUAAGAUCCUCCGCAGAGAUGAAGCCAGAAAGAUUGAAAACAAUGCCACAAUUCAUGGCGUGUUUUUCUUGGGUGUUACUCUCACACCUGCUUUCCUGACAGAAGAGUGGCAUAAUUUUGAGUUUGCUGAAGAAAAUGUCUUGAUAGUGACCUAUCCUAAAUCAGGUGAGGCGGGCAGUGGCGGGCACUGUGGGGGCAUUGAUGGGAGAAGAACAAAUUGGAUGAUCGAAAUUCUUUCCCUGAUUCACUGCAGAGGAGAUCCCAAGUGGGUCCAAUCUGAGUUCAUCUGGAACCGGUCACCCUGGAUAGAAUUGGAUGGUCCUUAUAAGACUUUAAAGAAGAAUAAAUGCUCACCUUUUAUUUCUUCCCACCUUCCAAUUCAGUUCAUGCCCGAGUCAUUCUUCAGGACCAAAACGAAGGUGAUUUAUGUCAUUAGAAAUCCCAAAGAUGUUAUUGUAUCUGGCUACUCGUUUUGGAAGGGUGUAAGCUUUGCUCAAAAAGCAGAAUCAAUGGAUCAAUAUUUUGAUUGGUUCAUGAAAGGAAAUGUGCCUUAUGGAUCGUGGUUUGACCAUGUUCAUGGCUGGCUAUCCAUGAGAGAGCAUAGCAACUUCCUGUUGCUGAGCUAUGAGGAGCUGAGAAGGGACCUGAGAAACACUGUGAAGAAGAUAAGUCAAUUCCUGGGUGUGGAAUUAGACCAGGAAGCCAUAGAAUCAGUCCUCAAAAACUGUUCCUUCCAAGUUAUGAAAAAUAAUAAUAUGUCCAACUAUUCAUCCAUUGAUGACAGCCUUAUUAAUAUAAAACAAUUUCCCAUGAUGAGAAAAGGUGUUACUGGGGACUGGAAAAAUCAUCUCACAGUGGCCCAAGCAGAAACCUUUGAUAAACUAUACCAGGAGAAGAUGAAAGAUCUUCCUUCAGAGCUGUUCCCAUGGGACUAACUCCAAUAAUGUUCAGGAUCUCAUAUAGAUGUGCAUCCCUGUUGUGCUUCUGACCAGGAUAAGCCUGGAGUUGUGUAU